AUGAAGAUUAUUCUUAUCUCCAGCUUCCGCUUAAUUAACCCACAACACUGCAUCCCAACGCUGGUCGACAAUGGAUUCGCUCUGUGGGAAUCGCGCGCCAUCUGUGCCUAUUUGGCGGAGAAAUACGGCAAGGACGACAAGUUGUACCCGAAGGAUCCGCAGAAGCGUGCCGUCGUUAACCAGCGACUGUACUUCGAUAUGGGUACCCUGUACCAGCGGUUUGCUGAUUACUACUAUCCACAAAUCUUCGCUAAGCAGCCGGCAAACGCAGAAAACGAGCAAAAGAUGAAAGAUGCGGUCAGUUUUCUAAACACCUUCCUCGGCGGGCAUAAGUACGUUGCGGGCGAUAGUCUGACGAUCGCUGAUCUUACCGUGCUGGCUACGAUUUCGACGUAUGACGUCGCCGGUUUCGACUUAUCCAAGUACCCGCACCUAAAUCCCCAACACUGCGUGCCGACACUGGUGGACAACGGAUUCGCUUUGUGGGAGUCGCGAGCGAUCAUGUGCUAUCUGGUGGAGAAAUAUGGUAAACCGGCGCAAAUCGAAUCUUUAUAUCCAACCGAUCCUCAGCGGAGAGCCACCGUACAUCAACGAUUAUACUUCGACAUGGGAACUCUCUAUCAGCGCUUCGGUGACUAUUACUAUCCACAGAUCUUCGAAGGUGCUCCUGCGAACGAGCUGAAUUACGUGAAAAUUGGAGAAGCUCUAACGUUUCUUGACACACUUCUCGAGGGUGAACAAUUUGUGGCGAAAGGAAAUGCCAUUUCGUUGGCGGAUAUUAGCGUCUACGCAACGCUUACCACGUUCGAAGUGGCAGGUUAUGAUUUCAGUACAUAUGGCAAUGUACAUAGAUGGUACAAAAGUGUGGUCGAUUGUAUACCAGGCGCAGAGACAAAUCGCAGCUGGGCUGAAGCAGCAAGACCAUUUUUCGAUAAGGUUAAACAUUGA